AUGGCAGUUCUAUGGAUGAAGACACCCGAGCAGGGAUGCGUGUGUCUUCGAUGCUUCGAUGACCCGGAUGUCGAAGAAGAUGAGCCUGACGACCACAUGACCUUGGACCAGUACCAGGAAGAAGCCCGACGUGUUGCUCUUGUUCGCAAGGGCCCUCUCCUUGAUGUAGAAUCCCAAAAGAAAGGGCGUUUGGAACUGAGUGGUUCCAAUUUGAAAACUAUUGGUUGGAUUUUGUUGGUUGCCAUAAAUCUGUUCGCGAUGCCCUUCUAUCUCCUUCUCAUGGAUCUCAAUCAGACUGAGACUAAUAUUUCCAAUUUAGAAAGCUUGGAUGACAAUCUUGUUUCCCAAUCUCAUUUGUCAAGCCAGUAUGCUAGACUUGCUGCGAUUCAGCGCCAAAUGUCUAUUAAGUGGGCCCAGCGUGCUCGUCUUCUCUGGGUUAGCGAUGAGAUCAAUAUCGGCCCUAGAUCUCUGUGUGUGUUUUGCAAAAUCGAGUAUGAAUCUAUUGAUCAUAUUUUCCUUGAUUGUCGUUGGACCCAGAUUGUGUGGAAUAUGCUUAAUCAACACCAUUGUACUCAUAUAUCAUUCCCAGAUCCUAUUUCUGCUGGCUGUUGGCUUACUGAGUAUAAUUAUUCUAUCUAUACUAUGUCUGUCAUUGCGGCUUGUAUUUGGCUUAUUUGGAAAGCUCGUUGUGAUGCUAUUUUUAGCAAUGUGACUCCAAGCUUUAAUCUUAUCGCUUCUAAAGCUGCUGCCCAUGUUCUUGAGUUUUCUCAGGAGAAUUCUUCUCACAUUGGCCGGAAGCUCCUAUUAAAUAACUUCUCUCACAUCAAUGGACUUAUCCUCUUCUUUGCUUUCAGUUGCUGCACUUUCUCUGCUGAAUCCUGCCUUGAAGCAUCCAUCAAAGCUCUCCAACUUGCCAUCAGAUCUUCUCUUGACCGGCAAUUUGACAUCAAGCGUAUAUUACAUUGUUGUCCUGCUCUCUCCAGCUCACUGCUGCUUGGCCGGAAUCCUGCUGGUUGGCGUGUUGAUCAUGAUAUCUCUGUCCUCAACCACUUUCUUCACCUUGCUGGAAAUCCUCCUUUGGUCUUCAUCCCUCCCUCCCCGGAAUGCUCCUCGAAUCGGUCUUGCUUCUCAUGGCAGCAACAAUCAUCUUCUCUGUCUUUUUCCUCUCUCGCCGAGACUUGCCCCGUUGGAUCAUGA